AUGGCCACUACAUCCCAGCCUCCUCUUCGGUUCACUGGUCACAAGAAUUUUGUGAACCGACUGAUCUUUUCAACUUUAACCGGCCGUGCAGUCCAUAUCUCCCAGAUCCGUCCUUCGUCGCCCACGAAUCCCGGUCUUGCUUCCCACGAAAUCUCGUUUCUGCGCCUCUUGGAGGCAGUUACAAAUGGGUCCCAGAUGGAAAUCUCAUAUACGGGUACUAUCGUAAUCUACAAGCCCGGUCUGAUCACUGGAGGCCUUGCAGGUAACGGGGCCACCAGCGGAGGUGUUAUUCGGCAUGAGCUCCCAGCAGGAUGCACUCGAGGCGUCAGCUACUUCUUAAUACCUCUUUGUCUCCUCGCGCCGUUCUCUAAAGCCCCGAUCAAGGUACUCUUCACUGGUCCUGGCGUUAUCACUUCGGCCACACCCACUGGGGACAUGUCCGUGGACAGCGUCCGCACUGCAAUCCUUCCUCUUUACAACCAGUUUGGUAUCUUCAACAACAUUGAGCUUCGUGUCCUCCGCAGGUCUAAUCCCGGACCGAACGGCAGGGGAGGCGGUGGAGAAGUUCAGUUGGUCUUCGGCCACCAAGUGCGUCUUCCGAAAACACUGCACUUGAUGAACCCAGGCAGAGUCAAGAAGGUUCGUGGCGUGGCGUACUCGGUGGGUGUUUCAGCCUCCAACAAUGCAAGGAUGAUCGAUGUGGCGCGUGGCAUCCUCAAUCCUCUCGUUCCCGACACCUACAUUUUCUCCGACGUGUCGUCCGCGCCGCUGGUCCCUGACAGAAACAACCCAUCUGCAAAGAAGAAGAUCGGUCUUGGUUUCGGUUUAUCCCUGGUUGCGGAGUCUUCCACUGGCUGCUUGUACUCCGCUGAUGUCGCCUCUCCACCUGCCGGUGGCCAAGCACCGGAGGAUAUUGGAAAACAAUGUGCCUACCAGCUUCUGGAAACUGUAUCGAAGGGCGGAUGCGUUGCACCGGCUGCAGCUUCGACCAUGCUGGGCUUGAUGACAAUGGGGUCGGAGGACGUUGGUCGACUCCAAUUUGGACGGGAGGUGAUUGCCGACGAGAGUAUCAUCCAGCUGGCCAGAGAUUUGGCCAAGUUUGGUGCACCUGGUUGGGGUCUAAGAGAUGCUACCGGUGAGAAUGAGCAAGGGGACGUCAUCGUGAGCGUGGUAGGACGAGGUAUUGGCAAUGUUGGUCGGAAAGUUGCUUGA